GGGCCGCGAUAUCCUUACGAUGGAGAGCGUCAACGCCCCCCACGGUUCACCUCCGAAGUCCCCUUUGCCGCCGGCGGACGGCGAUCCUCCUGCCGGUCUAACUCCGGAUGAAUACGAAUCCCUCCUGUCGACAAUCGAUGCUCACCACAGAUACCAGUUAAGCAGCGGUCAAUGCUCCUCCCUGAUUGCGCAACGGAUCCGGGCUCCAGCCGCCAUCGUCUGGUCUGUGGUUCGCCGAUUCGACCGCCCCCAAAUAUACAAACACUUUAUCCGCAGCUGCUCCAUUAUAGAAGGCGGCGAGGUCUGCAUCGGCUGCCUUCGCGAGGUCAGUGUUAUCUCCGGCCUUCCGGCGAGCACCAGCACCGAGCGGCUCAACAUACUCGACGAAGAUCAGCGGGUCACCGGGUUCACCAUCAUAGGCGGCGAACACCGCCUUACGAAUUACAGAUCGGUGACUUCGGUGACGGAGAUUGGGGAACCGGAUCUGGAACGGGGCAAAGGUUUAUGGACAGUGGUGCUCGAAUCGUAUAUCGUCGAUGUGCCGGAGGGGAACACGGAGGACGAUACUAGGCUCUUCGCUGACACUGUUGUUCGGCUCAAUCUGCAGAAGCUCGCCACUGUUACGGAAUCGAUGGCGGCGGCUCCGGAGGCCGCCGCGGCGGUCUCUGAAAUGGGAAAGUGAUAUUGGAGGAAUUGGAAUGGGAUUUGAUGGAAGAUGGAAAAUAACUUGUUGCCGAUUUUGGGCGAUAUUUGAGUGGGAGCUUCUUUUUUUUUUUUUUUGUUUCAAUUUCAUUUUUCAAAUUAGCUUCUCUUCUCUGUUCUGGCAAUUUGUUCGGUCAA